AUCACAGAACUAAUUUAUAGUUUGAACAUUGGGGACUAAGUUGUUAGGGGCAUACAGUUUGGGUACUAAUUUAUAGUUUUCCUGAGCUUUUUCGACCCUCCAAUCACAGAACUACAAACACCUUUGCUCUGGUCCUUCACUACUCGCUUACAUUGAUUGACGGAAGUUCACGUCUUCUCAGGUUCCUCCCCUUACUGUCUCCAUCUGCGAAGGAGAAUUGUCCUCCUUUGGAAAAGAAACUAAAUCUCCUUUUCUCUUAGAAAAACACAAUCCGACUUCCCCUCCCGAUCUAUAUAUGUAUAUCUCGGUCUGACUUUAUGACCAUGCAUGAAAAAAUGAAGCUGCCCUCUUGCUCUUGUUCUGCUUUCAAAUGUGGCAAAAAGGACAGGUGGCUUAACAUGGAGAGGCCUAUUCCUUUCUUGUUAAUAGGUUUAACGACAAUUCUCAGCGUGUUCAUUCUCUACACUCUAAACCCUUUGAAGUUCGUCAUCGAACAUAACAUUGAUCAAAAGCUCCUCUUGAUCAAACCACACAAGGAAGACAAGUGUGACUUGUUUAACGGCAACUGGGUACCUGAUUUUGAAGGGUCGAUAUACACAAAUUCCAGUUGCGCAACAAUUCCGACCUCAAAGAACUGUUUCAGAAAUGGAAGGAAGGACCAAGAUUUCCUUAAUUGGAGAUGGAAACCAGAAAGAUGUGAUCUUCCUAGGUUUGAUGCCACAGCCUAUUUAGACAUCGUUCGAGGAAAGACACUGGCAUUUAUCGGUGACUCUGUUGCUAGGAACCAUAUCGAAUCACUUCUAUGUCUCUUGUCCCAGAAGGAAGUUCCUGUAGAUGCAUAUUUGGAUUCUGAAGAUAGGAACCGGAUUUGGCACUUUCCUGUCCAUAACUUCACCCUUAAAAUGCUCUGGACAAAAUUCCUUGUGCAUGGAGAGGAGAGAGUGAUCAACGGUUCAUCAUCUGGCAUUUUUGACUUGUAUCUUGACAAAGUUGACGAAAACUGGGCCAGAGAUCUGCAUAGCCUAGAUUAUGUUGUCAUCUCUGAUGCACAUUGGUUCUUCAGACAGGUAUACUUACACAGAGGUUCUAAUGUAGUUGCAUGUGUUUACUGCAACGAAGCAAACGUCACUGACCGAGGCGUUGCAUUUGCCCUCAGAAUGGCAUUCCGAGCUGCAUUUAGUCAAAUUAAUCACUGCAAUAAGUGCAAGGGCAUAGUCACAUUGUUAAGGACAUUCUCUCCAUCCCAUUUUGAGAACGGAUUUUGGAACACUGGAGGAAGCUGCAACAGGACUAGUCCUUACAACGACCAGAAGAUUAAUUUUGGAGCUUACGAGUGGGAAAUUAGGAGCAUGCAGGUAGAAGAGAUUGAACGAGCAGAGAAGAGAGGGAAGAAAGGGAAGAGCUUUGGGGUUUUGGACGUCACCAUGGCUAUGCUGAUGAGACCUGACGGGCACCCUGGAGCUUUCUGGGGUAAUCAAUGGAUGAAGGGUUAUAAUGACUGUGUUCAUUGGUGCCUGCCAGGUCCGAUUGAUGUGUGGAAUGAUCUCUUGCUGGCUGUUCUCAGGCGGCUGGAUUAAUUUAUUGGUAAAAGGCUUAACAAGGCAGGAUUCAUAAUUAGCGAGGAGAUAUAUCUUGUUUUUUCCAGGCCGAAGGCGACUAGUUGUUUGAGCUCAAAGGUGUAAAUCAUUUGAGUGAAUUUAUAAAUAAUUUGGUAUUAUUUGAAAACCAAUUUAAAUGCCUGUAUGUACGUAGUUUGCCAGUCCAACCAUUAUUGGAAGGCCGUCGCUUUCAAUAAAUAAAUAAAACAUAGAAUUAAUAGUUCUUGAUUUUUUUAA